AUGUUAUCAUUGUUAACUUUUUUAAUAGUAGGGUUUUUGUCAGGGAUGAUUGCGGUUGCUUCCAACCCAUCUCCAUUCUACGCUGCUUUGGGGGUAAUGAGUGCGGCAGGGUUCGGGUGUGCUUUGUUGGCAACGUAUGGGGCUUGUUUUUUGGCAUUAGUGUUGUUUUUAAUUUAUCUAGGGGGUAUGUUAGUUGUAUUUGCAUACUCAGCAGCACUGGCUUCGGAGCCUCAUCCAACAACUUGAGGUGAACGGGCGGUUGGUAGUACUGUGGUUAUCUACAUCAGCAUUGUGUGUACCUUUGCGUAUCUUGCUAUACCAUAUUGGUACGGUUCUGCGGUGAGCAGUACUGACGGAUCAGAAUGAUACGGGUUAUUUGCUGUGGAGGGUUGCUUUAAUAUAUUCCACACGGGAGGAGGCAUACUAGUCUUAAGCGCAUGAGUGUUGUUGCUAACACUUUUUGUUGUUUUAGAGCUAACUCGGGGGCUUAAUCGUGGAGCAUUGCGGGCUGUUUAG